UUCGCCCCCGCCCCCUCCCCCUCAUUUCCGCUCUGCCGGGUAACCCCGGAAGCUGAGAGCGCCAGGCACCCGCCAAGAUGGCCGCGAAAUCCGACGGUGUGGGGGUUACCGGUUUCGCCCAACUGCACAACCUGGACGAAUCGGUGACCGAGGGGGGCGACGAGCAGCAACUGGACGGCGGGCCGGAGGCCAGCAGCUCUUUUCACAUCUGCCACUGCUGCAACACCUCAUCGUGUUACUGGGGCUGCCGGAGCGCCUGCCUGAGGAGAUCGCUGUGUAACCUGAAAGGGGGGGACCAUCCCGUCCUGGACUGUCUCUGGAUCGUUAUCGCGCUGCUCGUCUUCUUCUCGGAUGUGGGCACCGACCUCUGGCUGGCGGCCGACUAUUACCUGAAGCAGGACUACUGGUGGUUCGGCUUGACGCUCUUCUUCGUGCUGGUGCCGUCCGUCCUGGUGCAGAUCCUCAGCUUCAGGUGGUUCAUGCAGGAUUACGCCGGCGGGGGGCUCGGGGGUGUGGAGGGACUGAGCAGCAGGAGGCCCGGCGUCACCGGCUACAACCGCUGCUGCAGGACUUCGGUGUGGAUCUGGCAGUCGGUCAUUCACAUCCUACAGCUGGGACAAGUAUGGAGGUUUUACAGAGUUUCACUGAUGUCCACUCAUAAGAACAUGAUGGCCAUAUUGUUUUAAAAGUGCAAGUGUUCUAGGUUGUACAAGAUGUUCAAUGGCUUGAGCAUUCUGUAGUUGUAAUUGAGGGUGUAAGUAGUUAACAUUCAGAAAUUGUACAUCUUACAUUCCAGCAGUAAAUAAUGUAAUGAUCCAUAAAUGUAAAAAAAGCCUUUAUUAGUUCUCUACACAAAUUGACAUAUUUCUCUGGCCCUUUUAGAAUUUUCACCCUGAUAAUUUAAUUUAGUUUUUUGACCAUAUCUAAGAACUUUUUAAAACUGAGUGGUUGGACAAUUCGGGCAGCAUCAUGGGCUACAUAAACUUAAGAAGCCAAUGAACAAUUUUCCAAAGUGACCCAAAUUUAAAACUUCUAGAGCUUGGUGUUGCAGUGCAAAUUCUGAACCUCAUUUCUCUGGUUUUUGAACCUUUCACUUUCCUUUGUAACAGUCCACAGUUCCAGAUAGAACAAGCAAACAGGACAGUUAAUUAGAAGCUCUAAUUCCUUUUGUAAGGAAUUUUAGAAGGUAGUUGGGUGGUAUUUUUAACCUAAGAACUUGGGAGUUAGUUAGUUUUCUUUCCAUUUUCAAAACCACUAAGGGUGAACCUUUCCAAAUGUGAUCCAGAGUUACAAUGAAGUCAGUCAGAUGUUGUAGGUGUUGUAUGGACUUACUUUCUUUUGUAAAGAAGUUUUGAUUGAUCAAAGCAUGCAAAGAUUAGUUUAGAAGAAAUUGUCACUGGUAGCUACCUUUUUUCAGCUGUAUAAUGGUUUUAUGGACAAAGUAUAUGAUUAUAUGAAGUUGUAUAAUUGAUUCAACAGCUGCAAAAUUGUGAUUGCUUAAAAAAACUCAAAGUUGCACAUAUUUUAGAAAAACAACUUUUUUUUCAGAAGUCACCUGUAACACAUAAAAGGAUGAUGAAUUGCAUCUGCUUUGAAAUGAAAGAAACAUCCUACAGAUUAACAGACUUCUUUGAGUUCAAUCACUCGUUGCAAAAGCAGAAAGACCUAUACAAAAUUUGCUAAUUUCUAAACAUUAUUACAAUUCCUGCAGAAGUUUAAAAUAUUGAAGACACUCAACUUUGACUAUCCAAUGCUAGCCACUUGUGAAAGCAUGUUAUUUAUUCAUUAGUUAAAUGUAAAACUUGAUUGCCUGUUUUCAACGUUAUUGGCAGUUGCAGUCACAAGGAAAAAGUGAGCAGCGUCAAAAUUCGGAUAGCCAGGGAGUGAAGGAUAGAAUGCUGGAACUUGAUCUUUAUUUUGUUACUUUUAUUUUAUUUAUACAGACACACAUUGCAUACUAUGCACUUCCAACAAAAAAAUCAUCUUUCAGUCUGCUCCUCUCUAAUAUCCACCCCUUGAAAACUGUUAACACUCAAUUGAUACAAAAUUAACAGAUUCCCUUCUCUCUCUCCAAAUACGAUGUAAAAAAGUAAAUUAUAUGCACAACCAGAAUUUCAAACAAUUUGAUCCUUCAUGUCUCUCCACAAUUCAAUAAGAUCAUGGCUAUUCUUCUGCCUCAAUUUCAUCUUCCCACCAUGUCCUCAGAUCCUUUGGUAAUUGAUCUUGGCCUUGAAUAUACUCAGUGACUACAUUCACAGCUCUCGAGGAAAGAGAAUUCCAAAGAUUCACAGCACUUUGAGUGAAGAAAUUUCUCCUUGUCUUCAUCCUAAAUUGCCAACCCCUCAUUCUGAGACUGUCACCCUUAUCUCUCUUAACUUUUGUAAACUCCUCUUCAAGUACAUCUGCAUCUUUUAGCAGGACUUUUAACUGUUAACAAGUAAGGUGGACAAAUUGUCAAUGCAAGUUUAAGAAUUUUUUCCCCUCAUUUUCAUCACCUGACUCCAUUACUACUUGGCUAAAGCUCUGAUGAGAAACUUCAGAUUUUGUCAAGAGCAUACAAUAAUGUCCCGACUGGGUAAAUUGCAGAUCAGAUGGUUUCCGAAAAAUAAUUGCCUUGUCAUGUUCCAUGUCUAGUUUCAUUUAUGACCUUUUCAUGGAAGCUUUUACUCAAUAGUAUAGGUAUCUCACCAAGACUUUGCAUCCUCCAACAAUUUCACAUAGAAUCUCUGCUCUUUUGUAAUCACCAAACCUAAAGUAAGUAAUACUUCUAUAUUUCUCAACCUUGUGUCGACUAACACUACUUUUUAAAUUAAAACAUUUUAACCAGUCUAUGGUGUUGCUUGUCUUCUGACCCCACAUGCUCUGAUCUUGUCAUUAGUCCACUAUGUGGUGUUUUAUUGAAGGCGUUUUGAAAGUCCAGAUGUUGCAUCUACUGGAUUAUCCGUGUCUAUUCUUUCUAUUACCUUUCCAAAGAAUUCAAUAAGCGUGGUCAAAUUUAUCCUUUCCUUUAGAAAUCUGUGCUAAUCACCUUUUAUUAUACUUCGUAGUUUCUGCUCGUUUUCCUAUAUGAUCUUUUAGUAAAGAUUCCAUCAUUUUCCUAUCACCAAUGUUAAGCUAACUGGACCAUAGUUCUCUGAACUAUAAUAUUAGUUGAUCACUUGCCCUAUGGAGCUGUUCCAUUUUUCUAAAUAAAUUUUAUAUCUACGUAAUAAUGACUCUACUAUCUUUGCCCUAGCAUAUGAGUUUUAUGCUCCCUAAGUUUGAUUAGUUGUCCACCCACCCUUUCUGUCUCAAAUAUCUUUAUAUAUUUUUUGAUAUCUCACAAUAGCAAACUGAAAUGUCUGAUUCUCUGCUCCCAUUGACCAUCUUGUCCAGUGUUCUCAUCUGAUGUUAAUCUAUCCAACCUCUUCUUUAUUCCUUUCAUCUUUUCCAAUACUGUGUUCACCCUUGCCAUUUUGUUUUGCAGGUCCUACUGGCACAUUAGCAAUUGUUCCUUUUCUCAGCAUUUCCCUUUAGAAUGUUUGAUCACUCAUGAGCAAGAGUCAUUAAGACUCCAUUAUGGAUGAUUGUAUUGACAUUGGCACUGACAGAAAGAUGACUCAUGGUUAGCAUUCAAUGUUCCUUAAAAUUGUCUCCCUGCUAGGCAAAGCAUUUUGCUACUUGCCUUACCCAAGCAGCUACAGAAAUGUUAUGGCCUUUAUCUCUAAGUUAUACCUUUGGCCUGUUCUCCUCGUUUUCUCGAAGCCACACACGUUUCAUGUAAAAUCUUUAUCUUUUAAAGAACCUCAAACCCAAUGCUAAUUUCCUCUGAGCUGCCUUCCUCCCUCUUCCCUUAACCAGCAACUCCUCAACAUCAGUGAUUUCAAUCUUCAACUAAAUGUCACAGUUCAAUUUCCAAAUGAUUCACCUGCCACUUGAUAGCAACAGCACCACUGUCAACUUGCUUAAUCGCUCCCUCACCAAUGUUUUUGACACCCCUCGUUUCCAGUAAUAUGGUUACUGUCUCCCACCUUUCUUAUUCCCACAAUACAAUCUCUUCUUCCCUCAGUGGAGCAAACUUGAACAAACCUGGCAUACUUCUGGCCAAGGCAUUAAUUGCAAGAUCUGACUUGACUACAUGAAGGAUAGCAGUGCUUCACUAUCCCCAGCUGAUACUGCCUAAGAUUACAGGAUUAUUCUGGAAUCCAAUCUCCAUGACCAGCUGGCUCCUUAAUCUGCCCACUCUCUCCAUCCCCAUUAGACAUCCAAUUGUGAGGUGCCCAUGGAUUUUCUCAUUACCAAAAUUGAGAGACAAAUGAGCAUACGAAUUAGAAGCAGAAGUAGGCCAUUCAGCCCCUCGGGCCUGCUCCACCAUUCAGUAAAAUCAUGGCUGAUCUGUUUUGAAUUCCACAUUCCCAUCUACCCUAGAGACCAUUCAUAUACCUGUCUUGAAUUCAUUCUCCUGUUCCUCCUAAUUUCCUACCAACUCUAGCCUUAUCUUUCUGUCUUUCCUUCCCUAUCUCUCCCCUCUCUUUCCCAUAAAGCUCUUGUAUCCAUGAGGUCCAUCUCUUGCUUCCUUUGUCCCUUCCUUAAUCAACUUCUUGAUCACUCAACUUGCACCCAAUCAAAUGCUGGUUUUUAUUUACAUGCUACCAGCCUGAAUCUUGUCAGUGCAACUCUAGCGGUGGUUUGUCUUCCCUCUUCUGUAUUGUCAUAUCCAGAGACCAGCAAGGACCCACUAUGUGCCAUCUCCACUUCCUCAUCUGAAUACUGCCUCGUGGUGACAUCAACUGUAGGCAUGGAGUCAGCUUGACUUGGUGCUGGUAAUUUUUUUUAUUCAUUCACGGGAUGUGGGCUUUGCUGGCUGGGCCAGCAUUUAACAUUCUUGAACCUGUUGUUUGCUGCUCUUUGCCAACUUAAUUGACAACCACACUUGAAUGAGCCUUCAGUCCAACAUGAAGGAAAUAAAAGUCAUUAUCUCUGGUCCCUGCUGCAAGCUCCACAUCCUUGCCUCCUCAGGCAUUAUAUUGGGCUGAAGCAGGCCAUCUGUAGCUUUGUUGUCCUGCUGAAUUCUGAGUCAACUUUUAAACUCCAUAUCCUUUCCAUCAAAAUCGCAUUACACCCACAAAUGCACUGUCCCACUGAAGCCAGUCUGAUGUUGAAACCCUGAAACAUGUCUUUGUCACCUCCAGACUUUACUACUCUAAUGCUAGUUUCCGAUCUUCUACAUUUUUAAACUUUCAAUUUUUGCCAAACUCUCCUCUCUAUCCUUUCCCACACUAGUCUUUUUCUCCAAAGCCCCAUCCUUGUUGACAUUGAUUCUUUAUGACAUUUUCCCACUUUAUCCUUGAAAUUUCCUCCAUCCCAAUCCUACCUAUCAUCUCCCUUCUUGGCUCUGCAUUGUUUUGUGGCAUCUGAAGUGCUAUGGGAUUCUUUCUUUAUAAAACAAGUCAUUAGCUUCACCUCAUUGAUCCAACAUAGUUCUCCUAUUUGAUACUGGAUGACAAUAAAACUGCAGAGUUCUUAUCUAGGUUUUGAACCCCAACUGCAUGGGAGAGGAGGACAAGUGACUCUCUUUUGUUUGAAAUGGGAGGGAAUAAAAGCCUAUGCUUAAAAAGAAAACAGGUGGGUGGGAGAUCUUGGGGAUGAAUCAUUCUGAGAUGUUUUGGAGCCAAGAAAUGAAGAAGCUCAAAUAAAUGAGGGCGGGGAAAUGAUCAAAAUUCCAUGCCCAUUGGCCAAUGUUAUACGUUAACUGCACAAGUUUGAUUUUACAGGAAGAAGCUUCUCUGAACAUACAGCAAAUGUCAAAGUUGGAACUUCACACGGAUGGAUUUCUGUGGGAGGUGUGAAAUUACAGGAGGGCUAAUAUGCAAAUGUGUGUAAUUAACAAGUAUACUAUUUUCAGGUUGGAAGACAGGAGCUUGUUUAUGAAGGAUAUAAUUCAUUUUGUACUCAGACGAGAGUUUUAGAAGAGAAAAAAAAUAACUGUUCAGUUUUUUGAGGAGCUUAAUAGAUUGUAGAAUGGGCUAUGAUACUGAAUAUUCUGCAAAUAAAGAAAAAAAUCAAUUGUU